AUGGCAUCGGGCAACGAAGUGGAUAACAUUACUACUAUUGCACCUGAACCUGGAAAUGAGCAGCAGCUAAAAGAAAAACUUGAACGAGUCAAGUUACUUGUGGAAGAGCUGCCCCUGCGCCAGGGAAUUCUAAAACAAUUAAAUGAAACAGGAGGAACAGUGCUUGUCAGUGCUCCCAUAAGCCCAGAAGAGCAAGAUAAACUUGAAAAGAAGCUCAAGCAGACAAAUCUUCAGUGGAUAAAGAUUUCUAGAGACUUACCUACAAAACAAGGAGAACUUGAGGCUAACAUAAAGGAUCUUGGACAGCUUGAAGAGCAAUUAAAUCAUCUGCUUCUGUGGCUAUCUCCCAUUAGGAAUCAGUUGGAAAUUCUCAAUCAACCAAAUCAAAGAGGAUCAUUUGAUAUUAAGGAAACUGAAGUAGCAGUUCAAGCUAAACAGCCGGAUGUGGAAGGGAUUUUGUCUAAAGGGCAACAUUUGUACAAGGAAAAACCAGCCACUGAGCCAGUGAAGAGGAAGUUAGAAGAUCUGAGCUCUGAGUGGAAGGCGGUAACCCAUUUACUUCAAGAGCUGAGGGCAAAGCAGCCUGGCCCAGCUCCUGGACUGGCCACUGUUGGAGCCUCUCCUAGUCAGACUGUUACUCUGGUGACACAACCUGUGGUUACCAAGGAAACUGCCAUCUCCACACUGGAAAUGCCAUCCACCUUGCUUUUGGAAGUACCUGCUCUAGCAGAUUUCAACCGGGCUUGGACAGAACUUACCAACUGGCUGUCUCUGCUUGAUCGAGUUAUAAAGUCGCAGAGGGUGAUGGUGGGUGAUCUUGAAGACAUCAAUGAGAUGAUCAUGAAGCAGAAGCCAUACUAUAUUACAGAAUCAAAUAUAAUCUGGGAAUUGGUUAUUCACUUCCAAGUUGUCCAUGCCAAUUUUCCUACUCCAAUGAUAAGGAUAAUUGAAAAAAUACAUACGUGUUUGUUUUUGUUCUUUACCAGGUACAGGAGUCUGAAACACUUUAAUUAUGACAUCUGCCAAAGUUGCUUUUUUUCUGGUCGAGUUGCAAAAGGCCAUAAAAUGCACUACCCCAUGGUGGAAUAUAGCACUCCGACAACAUCAAGAGAAGAUGUUCGUGACUUUGCCAAGGUACUAAAAAACAAAUUUCGAACCAAAAGGUAUUUUGCGAAGCAUCCCCAAAUGGGCUACCUGCCAGUGCAGACUGUCUUAGAGGGGGACAACAUGGAAACUCCUGUUAUUCUGAUCAACUUCUGGCCGGUGGAUUCUGUGCCUGCCUCGUCCUCUCAACUUUCACACAAUGAUACUCAUUCACGCAUUGAACAUUAUGCUAGCAGGCUAGCAGAAAUGGAAAACAGCAAUGGAUCUUAUCUAAAUGAUAGCAUCUCUCCUAAUGAGAGCAUAAAUGAUGAACAUUUGUUAAUCCAGCAUUACUGCCAAAGUUUGAACCAGGACUCCCCCCUGAGCCAGCCUCAUAGUCCUGCCUAGAUCUUGAUUUCCUUAGAGAGUGAGGAAAGAGGGGAGCUAGAGAGAACCCUAGCAGAUCUUGAGGAAGAAAACAGGAAUCUGCAAGCAGAAUAUGAUCGUCUGAAGCAGUAGCAUGAAUACAAAGGCCUGUCCCCACUGCCAUCUCCUCCUGAAAUGAUGCCCACCUCUCCUCAGAGUCCCCGGGAUGCUGAGCUCAUUGCUGAGGCCAAGCUACUUCAUCAACACAAAGGCCGCCUGGAAGCCAGGAUGCAAAUCCUGGAAGACCACAAUAAACAGCUCGAGUCCCAGCUUCAUAGGCUAAGGCAGCUGCUGGAGCAACCCCAAGCAGAGGCCAAGGUGAAUGGAACAACUGUGUCCUCGCCUUCUACCUCUCUUCAGAGGUCAGACAGCAGUCAGCCUAUGCUGCUGCGGGUGGUUGGCAGUCACACUUCUGAAUCCAUGGGUGAGGAAGAUCUUCUGAGUCCUCCCCAGGACACAAGCACAGGGUUAGAGGAAGUGAUGGAGCAACUCAACAACUCCUUCCCUAGUUCAAGAGGACACAAUGUAAGAAGCCUUUUACACUUGGCAGAUGAUUUGGGCCAAGUGAUGGAGUCCUUAGUUUCAGUCAUGACAGAUGAAGAAGGGGCAGAAUAAAUGUUUUACAACUCC